AACAAAUGUUCUGAUCCUCAAAAGGAAAACUAGGAGAUUUCUUACUUAGGACGGAAAAUCUGAACUUUACUCGAAACGAUCAAAGUGCAGCCUAACUUUUCAAAGACCUGUGUCUCACUCAGGACAUUUGUUUACUGCAAUGUGACCUGUAACUUUGCUUGGUUUACAAGUAAACAAUUCCAUGUACGGCCGCCAUUGUCGACGUGUGUGUUAAAACUCCGGCUGCUUUUCUUGUCCAGCUUCCUUUCCGUUUUCUGAAGGGAAGAAGCUUGGGCCAGCUUUGUUCGGCAGAACUUGCAGAUCGCCCACUCUCAAUAUGAAACAUUCAAACUGGCGGAGUGAAUUACUGGCCAUAUUUGUUCUUUGUGCCAUUAUCACCCUGUCAUCACCAAUAAAGAUAUUGGUUGUACCUGUCGAUGGAAGUCACUGGGUCAAUAUGAAAAUCCUAGUGGAAGAACUGAACCUUCAUGGACACAGAAUUACUGUGGUUCAUCCCUCAACAUCCUGGUAUAUCAAAGAAAAGCCUGAUCUUUAUCAAUCCAUUGUGGUCCAAAUGGAAGAAUGCCUUGGGAAAAACAAAACAGAAGAAAUAAUACAAGGUUAUCUACAAAAGGUACUGACAGCCUUAAGGUAUGGAAUGACACCUUGGGCACAUAUUCAGGUGCAAUAUCAGAUGUGGUAUGCGUUGUAUUACUAUCAUCAAUGUGCUGGACAGAUCAUUGUUGCAAUAUUUAAAAACAAAGUUGUAUUAAAUCAAAUUGAAGAUGCCAACUUUGACUUGGUGCUUACAGAUCCUGCUUUUGGUACUGGUCCAAUUCUGGCUUCUUACUUGAAGCUUCCAGUGGUGUACAACGUACGGUGGCUCCCUAGCAAGGAAGCCCACUUACUCUCCGCCCCAUCACCACUUUCCUACAUCCCCGUCACCGGUUCACAUUUGACGGAUAAAAUGACCUUCCUUGAAAGGACAUGGAACGUCGUUCUGAAUCUAAAUCAUAUCAUUAUUUCGGAAUUCCUCAUUAACCCCAUUUACAAUGAACUCUGCCACCGGUACCUGGGGCCAAAUACAGACUUUCAAGGAAUUCUUCUGAGCUCUGAUGUGUGGCUGAUGAGGGUGGAUUUUGUGUUUGAAUUCCCAAGACCCACCAUGCCAAACAUUGUGUACAUCGGAGGCUUCCAGUGUAAACCAGCACGGCCUCUGGCAGCAGAGUUUGAGGAGUUUGUUCAAAGCUCAGGGAAACAUGGACUUGUUGUAAUGUCAAUGGGAACUAUUGUCAGUUUCUUGCCAAUGGAGAUUACAAUGAAAAUAGCAGAAGCUUUAUCUCAAAUCCCCCAGAAGGUUAUCUGGAGAUAUGAUGGUGAGACCCCUCCCAAUAUAGGGAAUAAUACACUGCUGGCAAAAUGGAUCCCUCAGAACGACCUGCUGGGUCACCCCAACACACGAGCCUUUGUUUCACACGGAGGCACCAAUGGGAUUUAUGAAGCCAUCUACCAUGGGGUGCCAGUGGUUGGCAUACCUCUGCUUUUUGACCAGUUUGACAAUUUAAUUAGACUCGAAUCCCGAGGAGCAGCAAAAGUGAUCAACGUUGCAACCAUGCACUCCACAGAUCUGUUGCAGGCACUCAACAAGGUGAUAAACGACGCAUCUUAUGGGGACAACAUGAAGAGACUCUCCGCUCUCCAUCGGGACCAGCCAGAGUCGCCAUUGGAGAGAGCCGUUUUCUGGGUUGAGUACGUUGCCCGACACAAAGGAGCGGGGCAUUUGCGCUCAGAAUCCCACCGACUCCCCUGGUACGCUUACUAUUGUGUAGAUGUGAUGAUCUUUCUGUUGUCUGUGUUACUCCUGCUCACUGUGUUGGUGGUUGGAACACUGAAGAAACUUUGUCGUAUUGCACUGAAGAAAAAGCAAAAAAUUCAUUAAGGUUUAUUCUUUAGAAUUGGGGGAAUGCCUUGAUAUUUUGUAAUUUCAUUUUUUCAAACAAUUUUUAAUCAGUUUCUCCAAGACUCCAAAUAACGUUCCUCUCGCAACCCAUUCCCUUUACAGCGAUUGAGAAUUGUAUUAAUGCCUAUUCAGAAAUUAUAACAGAUAUUUGCUGUGUAGUUGCCACCAGCAAACAACUGUACAUGAAUUAAAUGUGACAAAAUGGACAUGUUUUUCAAAUAUUAUUCAAACAAAAUCUAGAGAACAGUUCACACGUGUCAAGAAGCUAUAUUGAGAAUUGUUGUUCCGAAUUCUCACAAUCAUACUGUCUAUUGGUAAAUAUGUACACCACAUUGUUUCUCAGUUUUAAUAUGUUUGAUUUCUCCAUCAUAACUUUCAUUGGAGUUGCCUUCCACACCUUGCCAUGCUGAAAUUUUGUCUCUUCAUUGAAUUUUGGACUGCACUUUUUCACAACUAUGACUAGAAUUAGCUGUGUCAACAGACUUGCUAUAUUUUCUUACAAGAAGGGAACUGUUUUGGCCUAUUGAGAUUAUUGUGUGUAGGUUCACAGUGUAAACGAUUCAACAAAGAUAAAGGAAAAGUAUAGCACAGGAACAGCACCUUCGACCCACAAUAUCUGCGCCAAACACAAUGCUAAGAUUAACUGAUCCCCUCUGCCUACAUGUGAUCUAUAUUCCCCCAUUCAUAGAAACAUAGAAACAUAGAAAAUAG